CAUUGUUUUCAGCGUCAUAAUUUUGGCAUAACUUUUUCUUCAAUUAAUGAAACCGAACUUAGAACCGUGUGUAAAAUAUUUAACAAAAAGUGGUAGAUAAGCGAAGAACAGUAUUUAAAUCUAACAAGGAAUAUAACAAAUUGAACAAACACAAAAUUAAUUGAAUUUUGUGAGUGUGUGUUCAAUUUUCAACACAACCGAGCAUGGCGACACAAGUAUCAAGUAACAAAUCUGGAACAGGUUGGCCACGGCGUGGUAGCCAAGGACAAGUUGAUAGUGCGAAUAAUGGCGCACAGAAGUUUAGUCCAAGCCAGUCAUUAACCAUUAACCGUACAAUAAACUUAUAUCCUCUCACAAAUUAUACGUUCGGCACAAAGGAACCACUUUUUGAAAAAGAUCCUUCAGUUCCAUCCCGAUUCCAGCGUAUGCGUGAAGAGUUCGAUCGCAUUGGCAUGCGCCGUUCCGUUGAAGGUGUUCUUUUGGUGCACGAACACGGCUUGCCACAUGUGUUAUUAUUGCAAUUGGGUACAACAUUCUUUAAAUUACCAGGAGGAGAACUUAAUGCAGGAGAAGAUGAAGUUGAAGGACUUAAGCGUUUGCUGACUGAAACUUUAGGACGUCAAGAUGGUGUUAAGCAAGAAUGGAUUGUCGAAGAUACAAUUGGAAAUUGGUGGCGACCGAACUUUGAACCUCCGCAGUAUCCGUAUAUACCUCCUCACAUAACAAAACCAAAGGAGCAUAAACGUUUGUUUUUAGUACAACUCCACGAAAAGGCUCUGUUUGCUGUGCCCAAAAAUUACAAAUUGGUAGCUGCGCCCUUAUUUGAGCUUUAUGAUAACUCACAAGGCUAUGGACCGAUUAUUUCAUCGCUGCCGCAAGCAUUAUGCAGAUUUAAUUUCAUAUAUAUGUGAGUAGAGUGUGCCUCUACCACAAUGCCGGCGUCUACAUAUCUACAACAAAGCUCCUAUUCAAAUAGAGCUCUAGAGCCACAAACAGAUGACGCGGAAAACUAUGAUGAUUAUAUGGACUCGAAUUUGUUGCACCAUACAAAUGUCCAUAAUUUUUGAACAUUUCAAAAUUUAUUAUAUUAAAAUACACAUACAAAAAAAAUUAAUUAUUUAAUAAUAAACAAAAUCCAAUUUAUUUAGAUUUUAUAAAUAGAAAGCAAAACAUACCCAAUAGAACGACUAAAUAUUAUUCUACAUAGCAAAUGAACGGCAAUAAUUUAAA